CCGCCAAACCCAAACCCUUCCACAUCUCACGAAAAAAAAGUUGAACCGAGUGACAAGACACAGAAACGACAAUCGAAAUGCCGCCACCACGACCAGCAGACGACAAUCUGAGCGACUCGGGCUCUGACGCGGCCACCAUCGACUCGGAGUCCUCCGCUGGGUACGAGGAUGCGCCGGACGCUGACACGGGCGAGGAAACGACCAGCGUUUGCUUGUUCUGUAGCAACUCCUUCCCCACCGCACAUGAAGUGUUUGUGCACUGCGCGGUAGACCAUGCUUUCGACUGGAAAGAUGUAACGGCAGGCAUGGACUUCUACUCGCGCAUCAAGAUGAUAAACUACAUCCGCACGCUCACCGCCGCCGGAAAGCCGUUCGACCCCGCUGACCAGGGGUUCAAGGACGACAAGUUCAUGCAGCCGGUGCUGGAGGAUGACCCGCUCUUGUUUUCGCUGGACGAAGAGCAGGGCGAUGAGCCGGUGAAACAGAGUCCCGAGCAGAUGAGCGGCAAGAUGGAGGAGCUGGAGGCAAAGCUUAGGGAUUUGUCGUUGCAGUUCCAGGAGUACAAGGACGCUGUCAGCAAGAACUUUGCGAAGCAGCUGGAGGAGAAUUCGACCAUUCUUGCGGCUACGGCGGCGAAGGAGGAGAAGGACGAGGAGCCCGUCGACGACGAUUCGCAUUACUUCAACUCCUACGCGGGAAAUGAUAUCCAUGAGAUUAUGCUGAAAGACACUGUCCGGACGGAUGCUUACCGGGACUUCAUCUACAACAACAAGGACCUUUUCAAGGACAAGGUAGUACUCGACGUCGGUACCGGAACGGGAGUGCUGUCCAUGUUCUGUGCGAAGGCUGGCGCCAAGAAGGUUAUCUCGGUGGACAACUCUGCCAUCAUCAACAAGGCGAGGGCGAAUAUCUUCGAGAAUGGGCUUGAUCACAUUAUCACAUGUGUGCAUGGAAAGAUCGAAGAGGUCACUUUACCUGUCAAGCAGGUUGAUAUCAUUGUUUCCGAAUGGAUGGGGUACUGUUUGCUAUAUGAAGCCAUGCUCGAUUCCGUGUUGUACGCCCGAGACAAAUACCUCGCACCCGACGGAUUGAUGGUUCCAUCGGAAUGCAAGAUUCUGAUUGCGGCUGUCCACGACCCCGAUUACAUGAACGACUAUGUCAACUUCUGGGAUCACAUCUACGGAUUCAAGAUGAGCGCCAUGAAAGAUAAGAAUCGCGAGGAUGUCUCCAUCACACACUUGCCAGGUGACUCUUUGGCUUCAGAGCCAGUGGCAUUCUGUCAUCUCCCCCUCCACACCGUUAAGGUUGAGGAUCUGGUGUUCACCAAGCCGUUCGAGUUGAAGAUCAAGCAAGAUAUUCCCACACUAGAUGCGUUUGUGGUGUACUUCGACAACUUCUUCGCCACCUCUCGGGAUCAGGUCAUCCCCGAUGAUGCUAGAGCCGAGUCGUGGAAGGACUCCAAGGGUGGUGUCUCGUUCACGACUGGCUCCGGUCACAAGGAGACUCACUGGCGACAGGGGCUGCUGCUGGUCGAGGAGGGAAAGAAUGCGCCGCUGAAGGCAGGGGAGGUCGUCAAGGGUGAAAUCACAUACCGCAAGAGAGAGUCGAACUCUCGUGAAUUGGAGGUGGAGGUUUCCUGGAGUGGAGAUAAGAGUGUAGACAAGCAGAUGUGGCUCAUGCGGUGAGGAAAAGAGGAGAUUUGGAAUUUCCUAGUGUCUGAACUGUAGAGCAGCUAGGACACAAUGGUAAAAACGGGGUAUAAAUGGG